CUGUGGUGGAUGUUUCCGGGCCGCCGGAGCGUGCGCGGUGCCGCGUUGGCUGGGAUCGCUAUGGCAGCGGCGUCGCUGUGGGCCCGGCUUCCGUACUCGCAUCGGGGCCCGGCCGUCUCCGCAGCCUCCAGUACCGCGGCUUCUCGGGCAUGAGCGGGGUUUCCCGCCGCGGCCCGCUACCCUGGCCGCCGCUGCCGCCGCAUCCCAGCUUUGGGCCGGCGCCGGGAACAUGCCCCUGGCCGCCUACUGCUACCUGCGGGUCGUGGGCAGGGGCAGCUACGGGGAGGUGACGCUCGUGAGGCACCGGCGGGACGGCAGGCAGUAUGUCAUCAAAAAGCUGAACCUCCGAAAUGCCUCUAGCCGAGAGCGGCGCGCUGCUGAACAGGAAGCUCAGCUCCUGUCUCAGUUGAAGCACCCUAACAUCGUCACCUACAAGGAGUCAUGGGAGGGAGGGGACGGUCUGCUGUACAUCGUCAUGGGCUUCUGCGAAGGAGGUGAUCUGUACCGAAAGCUCAAAGAACAGAAGGGGCGGCUUCUGCCUGAGAGUCAGGUGGUGGAGUGGUUUGUUCAGAUCGCCAUGGCUCUGCAGUAUUUACAUGAAAACCACAUCCUUCACCGAGAUCUGAAAACUCAAAAUGUCUUCCUGACAAGAACAAACAUCAUCAAAGUGGGUGAUUUGGGAAUUGCCCGGGUGUUAGAGAACCACUGUGACAUGGCCAGCACUCUUAUCGGCACACCUUAUUACAUGAGCCCUGAACUGUUUUCGAACAAACCCUACAACUAUAAGUCUGAUGUUUGGGCUCUGGGAUGCUGUGUUUAUGAAAUGGCCACCCUGAAGCAUGCUUUCAAUGCAAAAGACAUGAAUUCUUUAGUUUAUCGGAUUAUUGAAGGAAAGCUGCCGCCGAUGCCGAAAGACUAUAGUCCAGAACUAGCAGAACUAAUAAGAACAAUGCUGAGCAAAAGGCCUGAAGAAAGACCCUCUGUGAGGAGCAUCCUGAGGCAGCCUUACAUAAAGCGCCAAAUCUCUUUGUUUUUGGAGGCCACAAAGGCAAAGACCUCCAAAAAUAAUAUUAAAAAUGGUGACUCUAAAUCGAAACCUGUUGCUGCAGUGGUUUCUGGAAAGGCUGAAUCAAAUCAUAAAGUCUUUCCCCUCCAGCCUCACUCUUCUGAGGGCUCCAAGACAUAUGUAAUGGGUGAAGACAAAUAUUUGUCCCAGGAGAAACCCAUGGUCACUGGCCCCUUGAAGUCACCAGCAAGUCUGAAAGUCCACACCUCCAAGCUGGACGUGAGCAAUACUGCAGAAUCACUAGCCACGAUCAGUAGAGUGAAUAUUGACAUCCUACCUUCAGAAAGGAGGGACUCACUGAAAGAUGGCUUAGUUCGGGAGAAUGAGCUAGAAGGUAAAUGUGGUAUUUCUCAAGUGAAGGAGAAGCUGCAGGAUGGCACGAAGCCCAGCACUCACCCCAGAAACCUGAUUCCCACAUGGUCCUCUGGUGAUGUCGCUGGGGGAAGGAAUGACCGACUGAAUCCUCUGCAACCCCUAAACACAGACCAAAAGCCAAAAGACCAGGAUCAAGUUGCUGGUGAAUGUGUUCUAGAAAAACCAGACAGGACCAACCCAGGUUUACAGCCACACAGCUCCGGGUCUGAGCCUUCCCUCUCUCGACAACGACGACAGAAGAAAAGAGAACACCCUGAACACAGUGGGGAAAGGACACAGGUCAGCGGAGAUCUCUUUGAAUUCCAAGAGGCUCCUCCUCGACUUUUGCCUUCUCUUCCCACUAUUGGAAAAACGGAUAUCACAUUAUCACAAAAAGAUGCUGAAAAUCAAAGUAAAGUGGUCAUUGGGUCUACUGUGAGCUGUUCGAGCAGCAGGGAGGUGCCAUCAUCCAAGGAUCGACCAUUAUCAGCAAGAGAGAGGAGGCGACUAAAGCAGUCACAGGAAGAGUUGUUCCCCUCAGGCCCUUCAGUGAGGAGAGCUUCUCUGAGUGCAUCAGGACCAGGGAAACCACCAGAGGAAGGCCAGCCCACCCCUGGCCAAUGGUUGUCUUCUGACUGCUGUGCGGCUCAGGAAAGGAGAGUCAUCCACUGUCUCUCUGAGGAUGAAUUAAGUUCUUCUACAAGUUCAACUGAUAAAUCAGAUGGGGAUUCCAAAGAACGGAAAGGUCAUACAAAUGAAAUGAGUGACUUGGUCCAACUGAUGACUCAGACCCUAAAAUUAGACCCUAAGGAGAGCUGUGAAGAUCUCCUCGUUCCAGAUCCAGUGUCAGAAUUUAAACUUCAUCGGAAGUAUCGAGAUACGCUGAUACUUCAUGGGAAAGUUGCAGAAGAAGCUGAGGAACUCCAUUUUAAAGAGCUACCCUCUGCUAUCAUGCCAGGUUCUGAAAAGAUCAGAAGAAUAGUUGAAGUCUUGAGAGCUGAUGUAAUCCAGGGCCUGGGAAUUCAGCUUUUGGAGCAGGUGUAUGAUCUUUUGGAAGAGGAGGAUGAAGUGGAGAGAGAGGGCUAUUUCCUGAUUGAGAUGACACUCACUUUGGGUCAUGUAGGUUAUUCUCCGGUGAGUCAACUGCAUUACAUCACACCUGCAUAAGAAAACUUUCAGAGUAGGGGCGCCUGGGUGGCUUAGUUGGUUAAGCGUCCGACUUCGGCUCAGGUCAUGAUCUCGCUGUCCAUGAGUUCAAGCCCCGUGUUGGGCUCUGUGCUGACAGCUUGGAGCCUGGAGCCUGCUUCAGAUUCUGUGUCUCCCUCUCUGCCCCUCCCCUACACAUGCUCUGUCUUUCAGAAAUAAAUAAAUGUUAAAAAAAUUAAAAAACAGAAAAUUUUCAGAGUAGUAGAAGUGCCUGAACAAACAUUCUUUUGACUAGCUUUAUUUUUAAAUAUUUGUAUUUCUAGUUGUUUGGUGAUAAUAAUAGCAAUGACAAUAAAGCCUUAAAUUCCUAGAAAUACAGUUGCUUCUCCACCAAUUUAUUUAUAUUGUUUUUGAUGCAUUAUCUUAUUUUAUCCAGACACUAGUCUGAACACACAUGGUCCAAGAACACUCAAAUAAUAAACCAAAUAUAGACAGAUGUUAAAGAUUGGUCUUCGUGGGGCGCCUGGGUGGCUCAGUCGGUUGGGCAGCCGACUUCGGCUCAGGUCAUGAUCUCGUGGUCCGUGAGUUCAAGCCCCGCGUUGGGCUCUGUGCUGACAGCACAGAGCCUGGAGCCUGUUUCGGAUUCUGUGUCUCUCUCUCUCUGACCCUCCCCCGUUCAUGCUCUGUCUCUCUCUGUCUCAAAAAUAAAUAAACGUCAAAAAAAAAAAUUUUUAAAGAUUGGUCUUCAAACAUUAUAGCCAACGAUGCCAUGCUUACCUAUGAUCUCAUUGACAUAAAACCACAUCCACACCACAAUCCCUAUCAAAAUAACACCAGCAUUCUUCACAGAGCUAGAACAAACAAUUCUAAAAUUUGCAUGGAACCAGGAAAGAGUCUGAAUAGCCAAUGUAAUGUUGAAAAGGAAAACCAAAGCUGGAGGCAUCAUAAUUCCGGACUUCAAGCUGUAUUGCAAAGCUGUAAUCAUCAAGACAGUAUGGUACUGGCACAAAAACAGACACACAGGUCAAUGGGAACAGAAUAGAGAACCCAGAAAUGGACCCACGAUUGUAUGGCCAACUAAUCUUGGACAAAGCAGUAAAGAAUAUCCAGUGGGAAAAAGACAGUCUCUUUAGCAAAUGGUGUUGGGAAAACUGGACAAUGACUUAGCAGAAGAAUGAACCUGGACCACGUUCUUACACCAUACACAAAAAUAAACUGAAAAUGGAUGAAAGACCUAAACGUAAGACAGGAAGCUAUCAAAAUCCUAGAGGAGAAAACAGGCAACAACUUCUUUGACCUUGGCUGUAGCAGCUUCUUACUUGACAUGUCCCUGGAGGCAAGGGAAACACAAGCAAAAAUGAACUAUUGGGACCUUAUCAAGAUAAAAAGCUGCACAGCGAAGGAAACAAUCUGCAAAACUAAAAGGCACCCACCAGAAUGGGAGAAGAUAUUUGCAAAUGACAUAUCAAAUAAAGGGUUAGUAUCCAAAAUCUUAAACUCAACAUCCAAGAACAAGAUAAUUCAGUGAAGAAAUGAACAAAAGACACAAAUAGACUUUUUUCCAAAGAAGACAUCCAGAUGGCUAACAGACACAUGAAAAGAUGCUCAAUAUCAUUCAUCAUCAGGGAGAUACAAAUCAAAACCACAAUGAGAUACCACCUCACACUGGUCAGAGUGGCUAACAUUAACAACUCAGACAACAAGAUAUUGGUGAAGAUAUUGGUGAGGAUGUGGAGAAAGAGGAACCCUUUGGCACUGCUGGUGGGAAUGUAGAGUGGUACAACCACUCUGGAAAACAGUAUGGACGUUCCUCAAAAAAUUAAAAAUAGAACAACCCUAAACUCAGCAAUUGCACUGCUAGGUAUUUAUCCAAAGGAUACAAAAUGCCGAUUCAAAGGGGCACACACACCCCAAUAUUUAUAGCAGUGCUAUCGACAAUAGCCAAAGUAUGGAAAGAGCCCAAAUGUCCGCCGACUGAUGAAUGGAUAAAGAAGAUGUGGUAUAUACAAUGGAAUAUUACUUAGUGAUGAAAAAGAAUGAAAUCUUGCCAUUUGCAACAAUGUGGAUGGAACUAAAGUGUAUUAUGCUAAACAAAGUAAGUCAGAGAAAGGAAUAUAUCAUUUCACUCAGGUGGAAUUUAAGAAACAAAACAGAUGAACAUAGGGGAAGGGAAGCAUAAAUAAUAUAAAAACAGAGGGAGGCAUACCAUAAAAGACUCAAAUAUAGAGAACAAAGUAAGGGUUGCUGGUGGGGUAUUGCGGGGGAUGGGCUAAAUGGGUGAUAGGCAUUAAGAGGGCACUUGUUGGGAUGAGCACUGGGUGUUAUAUGUGAUGAAUCACUAAAUUCUAUUCCUGAAAUCAUUAUUACCCUAUAUGUUAACUAACUGGAUUUAAAUAAAUUAAAAACAACACAACACAUCCACACCUCAGUGGCUACCACUCUAGUCUAUUCAGCAGAGCUUCCUUGACUGUGAGCUGUUGGAAGCUGUCAGUUUAGCACUCUUGACUUUUUUUCAAGCUCUGAAUAGCAGUAGGGAUCUCAGCAAAGACUGGUGGGAGGAACUAGCUCAACCUCAGCAUAGUGCCAAAAUGUGGCCAAUCAGUGCUUCGAGUAAGUCACAGCAGCACUGGAGCCUUGUCUGCAGGGUUAUGAACAAACUGGGCCAUUGCUCUGGACAGCCACUGAAUGUCACUUCUCCAGCAAUUUAAUACUAGAUGAUUUUGUUGUGUUGUUAUAAAUUUUUAUUUUAAAAUAAUUUUAGACUAACAGUUGCAAAAAUAGUAUAAAGAAUUCCUGAAUACUCAUAUAUAUUCCCUAAUAUUACUAUUCUACCACUUUUGCUUCAUUAUUCUUUUUCUCCAUAUGUAUAAUUAUUUUUCUGUCCAUUUGUGAGAAUGUUGUGGACAUGAUGUCCCUCCACCCCUGAAUUCUUCAUUUUAUUUCCUAGGAACAAGAAUAUGUCCUUAUAUAACCACAGCACAGUGAUCAGAUUCAGAAAAUUAACACUGAUAUAAUACCAUUAUCUAAUCUACAGACGUUAUUUAAAUGUCAUGAGUUGUCACACUGAUAUCCUUUAUAGCAAAAGAAAAAAAAUCAUUCUGUUCUAGGAUUCAGUUGAUUCAACUCAAUUGUGAUUAAAUAAAGGAUUACUUUUUUUAAUAGCUUUAUUAAGAUAUAAUUCACAUGCCAUGCAAUUCACCCACUAAAGUAUAUACUUCAGGGGCACCUGGGUAGCUCAGUUGGUUAAGCGUCAGACUUUGGCUCAGGUUAUGAUCGCACAGUUCAUGAGUUUGAGCCUCACACUGGGCUCUCUGCUGUCAGUGCAGAGCCUGCUUCAGAUCCUCUGUCCCCCUCUCUCCCUGCCCCUUCCCUGCUUUCAUUCUCUCUCUCUCUCUCUCUGUCAAAAAUAAGUAAAUGUUAAAAAUUUUUUUCAAUGUGCACUUCAGUGGUUUUUAAUAUAUUCACAAAUACAUAUAUCACUACAGUCAAUUUUAAAUAUUUUUGUCUCCUUAAAAAGAAACCUUGUACUUUUAGCUAUUGACCCUCUAUCUUCUCUUCCUUCCAAUCCUAAGGAACCCCUAAAUCUGCCUUCGCUCUGUAUAGAUUUGCCUUUCUGGACAUUUCAUUUAAUAGAAUCAUAUAAAAUAUAUAGUUUUUUGUGACUUUUUUCACUUAGCAUAAUGUCUUCAAGGUUCAUGUGUACAGGAACAUUUAUCAGUACCUCAUUCCAACUGAAUAGUUUUCUGUUGUGUGGAUAUGCCAUAUUUUGUUUAAUUUUUUUUAUAAGUUGUUGGACAUUUGGAUUGUUUCCACCUUUUGCCUAUUGUGACUAAAUCUGAUAUAAACACUGGUGUGCAGGCUUCAGUGUGGAUUCAGUUCCCUUGGAUGUAUAAUUAGGAGUGGAAUUGCUGGGUCACAUGGUAACUCUUAAUUUAAAUGUUUGAGGAACUUCCAGACUGUGUUUUUUGUUUGUUUUUAAUGCUUAUUUAUUUUUGAGAGAGAGCAUGAGCAGGGGAGGGGCGGAGAAAGACAGAGACACAGAAUUCGAAGCAGGCUCCAGGCUCUGAGCUGUCAGCACAAAGCCUGAUGUGGGGCUCGAACACAUGGACCGUGAGAUCAUGACCUGAGCUGAGGUCGAAUGCUUAACUGAGUCACCCACGUGCCCCAAUUCCAGACUGCUUUCUAAAGCAACUGCAUCAUUUUAUAUUUCUACCACCAGUGUAAGAGGGUUCUGAUUUCUCCCCAUCUUAGUCAACACUUGUUAUUAUCUGACCUUUGGUUUAUAGCCAUCCUAGCAGGUGUGAAGUAGUAUUUAUUGUGGUUUGGUUUUGCAUUUCCCAGAUUGCAACUGAUGUUGAGCAUCUUUUCAUAUAUUACUUUGCAUUUGUAUAUUUUCUUUGGAGGUAUGUCUACUUAGGUUCUUUGCCUAUUUUUAAAUUGAGUUAUUUGUAUUUUAAUUAAUGAGUUAUAGGAAUUCUCUAUAUAUUCUAGAUACAAGUCAUAUUAUCAAAUACAUGAUCUGUGUAUAUUUUUCCCAUUCUGUGGGAAUGGGAGAAUGUCUUUUUACUUUCUUGAUAGUGUUCUUCGAAGCACAAAAAUUUUCAUUUUUGAUGAAGUCCAAUUUAUUUUUAUUUUUAUUUCUUAAUGUUUAUUUAUUUUUGAGAGAUGGAGAGAGACAGUACGUGAACAGGGAAGGGGCAGAGAGAGAGGGAGACACGGAAUCU